AUUUUUGAUGUUCUGAUCACCCGCGAGGCUAACCGAAUAUAGACGGAAAAGGUCUUUUGGAAAAAACUCAUAUUUCCUGUUAGCGUAUUCUUUGUAACUCUAUUCGUAGGCAGCUUGCAUUGCAGGAUAUCCUAAUGGUAUACCUCUCUGUUAUUUCCUAUUAGCAUAGGCGGCAGCCUUGGAAGAUCGGAGUAUCUUUGUCUGUACGUUCUUGGCCACGAUAUAUCCUCUAUCACAACCUAUCGAUGCUAGUCCAGCAAGCAACAGCGCAGCCUGGCGUGCAAGAUGGGUAUGAACUUCGGAACGUUGGAAAGUGCAUUAAACUACACAAUUCCAUCGUCUCGCAUGCUAGUUCCAAGCUUCCACUCCACCAACAGCCAAAAGUAGAACGUAGCUGGUUCGCCGCCCACUCUUUGGAUCCAGGCUCGCCGGGCCUCGACAUUGAACUCGACGAGGACCUUGUAGCUUUUCUAUCCGGCAUCGACAUCGUUAUUGGAGAAGAAUAUCAGCACCUAGCUUUUACCCCGUUUCUCAUUGGUAUCUCGGCUCCCAAUGAACUGCGGCCGGACAUGUGGGAAGGUAUUGAUGAGUAUGAGGACUUUAUUCUGCUGUACAAGGGUAUAGGGCAUGACCCCGGUGGUCUUGUUUACAGUCGGACUACCCAUCAAGUCUGCUUUGUGCGCGACCCGUUUGACGAGCCCCGCGAACGCAUGUGGGGUGAUCUUCAUGCGGUUUUGGAGCUUUACCUACGGUCGAUCGAGUCGGGGAAGUUCGUUGUUGAUGCAGAGCAUCCUGGGUUCGGCAAUAGGGAUGGGCUUGUUACGCAGGGCUGGAGAAUUGCGGAGUGGACGGAAAAAGAGUUGCGGCAGGUACUUGAUAUUUGGGAGAGUUUGGUGGAUGCGGUUACUGCGCGGUUACCGGAGUCUGUUGGAGUGUCUGAUGCAAAAGAAGAUCAUGGCGAUGAGGAACCGCCACCAAAGAAGAGGAGGAAAACGGAAGACUUUGGGUUAAUUCCUGCUGAAGUCUCGAACAAGUAUCCCGCCAUACCGCCGUUUGCGCGCGUCUUCCUGUCUCGGGCAAAAAAACCGCGGUUUACUUCCAUUGCACCGCAGUUGGAUGUACCAAAUGAAGCUUUCAUCCACCGUGUAGGCGCUGAACUGCAGGCAAGGUAUCCCGAUGCUUCUCUUGCUACUCACCAGCAUGAACUUGCUGACUGCCCACCCUUUCUACUGUUCCCAUGGCGCGCACCAGGUGUGCAAUUUUCCUCACAAGAUGAACGGAACCGGUGGCAAUCUCCGCGAAAACAAAGUAUACUAGACGAUCGUGUCGGCCUCUAUCUUGUACCUGAUGUUCUCCACGCUCACGCCAGCACUCUGCUUCUACCUUUCCAACUCGGUGAGAAACGUCAUGUAGUGAUGGGUGAUGGGUCAACGGUAGAUAGACCGGCGCAGGACGCGUUGUAUCGACAUGGUGUGUGUAAUCCUUUCAUGCCUGACCAUGGAACACCGCUUGCUGCGAUACUGGUGAAUUGGUGGGAACAGGUUGAGAAUGAUUCUUGGAGCGUCAACGUAAGUGGUGUGGAUGGUGGGGAGGAGCUAUGGAAGAAGGCAGACACAGAGGAAGACGCCGAAGAUUUUCAGACAGAUUGGUCGUGCUAGAAGGGAUAUGUUUUCAGAGUGUAUGCGCAAAAAACUGCUUGAGGGAAAUCCCAUGCCGCGCUGGCCCUUGGCGGACCUUACCUAAGGUAAACAUGCCUGUCGCGAUACACAGAUGGCAUGAAAAACACAAGAAAUCGGUAACCCGUUCGGACGUUAAAAUCGAGUCUAAAGUGACUGCCUCGCCGCUCAGUAGCUAGUUGAUUACACCCUGGCUAGUUAGGGGGCUUUUGCAGCGGGCGGGAGACGGCAAACGCACCGAAACGGAGGAUGUCC